AUGGCACGGCCUCUACUCUUUGUUCUCAUCAGUACAAGUCUUUUCUACAAAGUAAAUUCCCUAACCUGCUAUCAGUGCAUACCUGAGACAUCAAUUAAAUGCACUGAAACUAAAGUGGAGUGUCCUGUUGGUCAGUGUGGGACUAUGAGGACCACAUCUUAUAUAGGAAACAAUGCAUUGGCUGACAUGAUAAUGAAGAACUGCUCUGAAACUCAUCAAUGCGUGACUGCAUCUGCAAACUUUGGAAUUACAAAAAUAGCCAUCAACAAUCAGUGCUGCAGUACUAACCUGUGCAAUACCCAGAUCGAACCAGAAUCACCCAAGAUGAUCCCAAAUGGAAUGCACUGCUACACCUGCAGUGGAGAAGAUUGUGCAUCAACUUUACCUUGCGUUGAUGAGGAAGAUCACUGUAUCAAGGCAACAGUUUUUAGUGAUGGACAGAUGAUGACGAUGAAAGGAUGUGUGACUAGAAGUUUUUGUAUGGGUGAUUUGACCACCAAGAUCGGCCAGUCCAGCAUAGCGGCGGACCAGAGCUGCUGUAAAGGUCAUCUGUGUAACAGCGCUCAGACCUCCACUCCGAGCUGCUUCUUUCAGCUGGGGAUUCUGAUGUACGCCAUACUACAGACGUCAUUUUGAGCUUUCAGUUGUCAUGAUUCUCUUGAGGUUUCAUAUUUACAAAAAAACUAAA